CACCCCCCUCCUACCCCCACCCCCACCCCCACAGACCACCCGCACCACCCGGAGCAGCAGCAGCCGCCCGCUCUGGCCCCGUUCGUCGCGGUGCGGGAGGAGGAGGAGGAGGGGCAGGGGGACGGGCUGGAUCUGAGGCUCUGCCUCCGCGGGAGGGACGGCGCCACCGGCUGCGUCAUGGACCUCGACUCCGCCGUGCUCUGCGGGAGCAGCGCCUUCUUCGCCGCCAUGGCGCCCGAGCCCAACGCCUCUGGUGCCGGGGCCCGGAGGAUCGAGGUCGACGGGGUCGACAACGUCGCCGCCUUCAGGGACGCCGUCGAGCUCAUGUUCCAUGCCGACGCUCCGCGGUGGCUCGCCAGGGCCGGCGUCUCGCGAGCCAUCGCCGUCCUCGAGGUGGCUUCCUCGAUUACGUUUGACAAAGGAAUCAGAUCAUGUUUGGAGUACAUUGAAGCAGUUCCAUGGAAUGAGAAUGAGGAAGAGAAGCUAAAGCACCUCUUUGCUAGAUGCACUUUCGAUGAAGCGUUAUCAAAAGAUGUAUUGUCAAGAUUGCAAACACAACCGUCUAGCAGCUCGGAAGACCUGACUGGUCAGCUCAUCCAAUCUGUCACCAGCAGCACAAACAACAGUGCAAGAAAAGAUAUGCAGUCUUUGAUCAAUGGUCUUCUAAGCAAGAGCUCAGUAUAUCAAAAGGAUUUGUCUGGAUUAAACAAAAGGAGCCUAUACCAGAUUUGCUGCUCGUGUCUAAACCUACUGGUGGAACUUUUUAAGGAAGACUCGGAGCCAAAAUGCGGCACAGACCAGGCACUGAAAGUUAGGCACAAUAAUAAACCCAUGAUUGAAAGAGUGAGCAAGCAAAGUGAGAACCUCAGCUGGCUAUUUGAGAUCCUGGUCAACAAUGAUAUGGCAGAGAAUUUCGUCGUGCUGUGGGCCGGACAAGACGAUCUCAUCAGGAUGCACGAGCAAGCAUCGCCAAUGUUCAGGUACGAGCUAAGCCGGAUAUCAGCGGGCGUGUUCAUCGCUCUCGGGCAAGGGAAAGUGCAGUGCCCGAGCGAUCUGAGGAGCCAACUGUUCCGGGGAUGGUUCACGCCGAUGUUAACCGAUUUCGGUUGGCUUCAAAGGUGCUCCAAGGGGCUGGAUGCGAGAGCGCUGGAGGAUAGCCUGGGGCAAGCCCUUCUCACCCUCCCGCUCCGGGAGCAGCAGAGCCUGUUCGAGGAAUGGUUCCAGUGCUUCGCGUCUAGUGGCGCGGAAUGCCCGAACCUUAGCCGAGCCUUCCAGGUAUGGUGGCGAAGGUCAUUCGCUAGAUAGAUUUGUCGGUAGAGCCCCUGCAGCAGCAGAAGCCUAUGAGAUAUUGCUUGGUCCGCGUGAGUUAUAUCGGUAUUUGUAGUGUGUGUAUGAAUGUAAGAUAAGAUGAAUUCCUGUUAGCCUGUAGAGUUGAAUUUUUGUUUA